GCUUAGCCCUGCCAUGCGCACUAGAUGGCCGUGGACUGCGUUACUACGUCGCCUACACAAGUACGAAGUUAAACAAGAUCGUGAGAAGAUAAUUUUGAGUCCCCUUAUUCAGAAUUCUGCCAUUUGCUUACCUCCUGGGCUACAGUCCACUGUGCACCGUUUGCAAAUUUGUGACCUUAUCUGUAAAACCCCUUCUAUGCGUCUUGCACAAACACACUCGACAAAUCGCCCCAAACGGCGGGCAGAGUCCCUUCAAGACCUACAUUCACGUCGUUCUUUCGCCGAGUGUUUCGGAGUUCAUUCUUCAAAAGAACACAUACAACUUGCCAUGUACAAAUUUGCUUUGCAAACGUGUUUAAAUUUUCCUCUGGAUGAUUCUGCAUCUGUUUCAACGCCAUCUAUCUGUGCCAAUCUUCUGCUAGAUCUUGGGGCGGGGAGCACUGGUUUCGCUUCAAUAUCACUCGUCCACAAACUUUCUCUCUUUUAUAUAGGCAUUGAUUUGUCUGGUCGCAACGUUUCGAUUCCGGACCGCUCUGACCGACUGAUUUGUGACCUCUCAAGGUCAUCUGAUCUACAGUCUUCAACCACUCUUCCACUUCGUGACGAUUCCGUCGAUGUGAUCCUGUCGAUCUCCUUUCUCCAAUGGCUAACCGCAUCCCACAAGGAAUUGUCUGGAGUGAUCGAUCAUUUCUUUUCCGAGAUUCACCGCAUUCUCACCCCUGUAGGUCAUUGCAUCAUACAGUUCUAUCCCCAUUCGAUUCAAGAGUUGGAUGUGGUGUGUCAAGCUAUGUCAACCCUAAGUCCGAAUCUGUCCGGUUGCCGAAUAUACGCUCGGCCUGUGUCAGAUCGAGGGGUCAAGAUCUUCCUGUACACAAGGCGCACUCUGUAAACUUCCUCAGUAGGCUGUAAUCUCCAGUUUUACUUCGUUGGGAUAUCUUUCGGAUAAUUAUUGGCAUCACUUUGUUGCUCUGAAGCUGUCUGAAGUGUCUUUCUCUAUCUCUUCCCCGUCGGUUUAUGUUCUUACGCGCUAAACUCUUCUGCCCCACAAACUAUCCACUCACACUGGUAUGGGCCAAUCAUUCUUUGUCGAUCCCAUCCUAUUGUCGUGCUGCGACUCCGCCUCCAUCGCAUCUGUAUUGACCACUCACCUGGCUUUGGUUCUGAA